AUGAGGAGUACGGUGUACAUAGUAGCGCUGUGCGCGGCGCUCGCUGCGUCCGCGCCCGCCCCCGCUCCCGCCCCCGCGCCCGCGCCCGCCCCCGCGCCCGCCCCCGCGCCCGAACCACAACCCGCCGCCAAUCCCGUGCCCUCCGCCGACGACAAGCCUGAAAUCAUCGAGAUUAUUGCUCCCGCUGCCAGCGCGCAAGAAACGCUGGCAACAUUAAACUUGGGAGCGCCUGGCUCCGAGCUCAGCGAACGCAAUAAGCGCACCAUCGGCAUUUUGCGACAGCUGUUCCCAACGCUCACGCAGAUAAUCGAACAAAAGGUACAGCAGCUGACCACCGUUUUGCUGCGAGCGUUUGGGCCACUGUUCCUGCGCCUUUUCCUAGGGGGGAACCGCAACCAAGGCCGCAUGAACGGCGGCACCGUUCAACUGGACGAUGACGACGACGACGAUGACGACGACUCCACCACCACCACCACAACGGAGUCCUCGAGGCGCAAGCGCGCGCUCUAUCUAUUGCCGAACACGGUAGCUGAAGACAACCUGCUCUCUGGCGCCGAGUCACAACAGGCCGAGGUGCGCGUUGCCUUCGGUGAACAACAGCAGCAGCCUGCGGCCGCAGCCGAGGACGACCAGCAGGCCGCCGCGCAAACCAACUCCGCCUCCAUCGACGAGAUCACUCUCGACGAUGCCGACGACACCGAGGAGAACAGAAAUAAGAGAUUCCUGAGCUUCGGAGGCUCCGGUGGGUCCUCAGGCGGUGGAUCCGGCAACUUUUUAUUUGACAUCGUGAGACUGGUGGCCGGCUCAUCGUCCGGUUCGUCGGGAUCCGGCGAGGGCGCGCCGGAAGGCGAAGAUGGCGCCGCGAAGGGCGACAACCUGACCGAGGGCGUGCCCGGCCCGAUCACGCGGCUCUUCAUCAUCGCCAACCGAGGCAUCGCUAACCUCAUACAAGACCUGAUCCUGCGUAUCGCUCAAACCUCUGAGAGAAUAGUUAACUUCAAGGCGCGGCUGAUCACCUCCAUAAUC